GAGAAUGACGAUGAUGAUGAAGAUGAAGCUGCAGAUAAUGACAAUGACAAUGACAAUGAUGAUGAAGCUGAUAAGAAUGAUGAUAAGGGGCAGUCUAGGCGUGGCAAAAGGCAGCGCAAAAGAGCGGACAGAUCAUCCAUUGAGAGCAAGGCCGAUGACAAUGAUAAUGAUGCACCAUCGCUGCUCACUCGCCUCUGGGACAGAUUCAUGAGCGACAACGAAGAGCAGCCCAAAGAGAAGGGGAAGGCGAAAGAGGAAUCGCAGUAUCCGAACAUGCUCAGCUGGCUGCACUGGCUGACGGACUCGAGCGGCGAUGCUGCCGCCGAUGAGCCACAAAGGGGGAAGAAGGAGAGAAGGAAGGCCGAGAAGAGCGACAUCGACUGGUUCACCUAUUUGAAGCGUUGGCCCUUCAACAGCAUCUUCCCGGAGCCGCCGCGCAGCGAGACGCGCCAGCGUGAGCGCAGCCGCAGCGCCCCGGAUGCCCGAGGCGAGCUGUCGCACCAGCAGCAACAGCAGCAGGGGCAGCAAUCGAAGAGCCAAGAGGAGUACCUGGAGCUGCUCAUCCACUCGCUGCCCGCCUUCAUAGGCAACGUGUCGCAGGCGCGAAGCGGCGAGUGCCAUCAGCAGCUGGAGCUGCUGCAUCACCAGCUGCGCGCCCACAAGCUCUGGACACUGCAGAUGCUGGAUGCCACGGGCAAAAUAGGCGCCGGACUGCUGCGAGGCAACAUCAAUCAGUUUGGAGACUUCGAUCAAUGCACCAGAGUGUCCACCGCCGUGAAGAGCUCGUCGAGGCAGCCGAUCCGCGUGCACGGCAAAUACUGCCUGGCCCAGAUCGAGAUGCGUUCGACGGCGAGCAGCCUGAAGGAGGCGCUGCAUCUGCUGCACGGACGCGGCCUGUGGCAUGGCCAUUUGAAGAACCCGAAGCACUUUGCGCCGCGCUACAACAUCGCCAACUGGGGCAUCUGCCUGCCGCACGGCUGCUCCGCCCACGUGGUGCAGGGCAUCAUCGAGGCCAGCUUGCGUCCCUAUAACGACACGGGCAUCGAGUUCCACAUCGAUGCGAGGGACGAGCACUGCAGCACGCGGCAGCGCAAGAGCUUCGCCAAGCUGAUGGCCAAGGACAGUUACCUGGCAACGGGCAUAUUAGGCAUUGGCGCCCUCGGCUGCACCUGCCUGCUGGCGCUCAUCUGGGAGCACUGGGAUUGGAUUAGCGCCAAGCUGCGGCUGCACAGCGGCAAUGGCACAGUAGAGGACAAGGCAGAGGCCGGGGCGGAGGCGAACCGAGUGGAGGAAGUGGAGUCAGAGCAGGCGGAGGAGACAGAGGAGAAGCCAACAGAGGAGCAGGAGACGGAGACAGAGACAGAACAAACGCAGCCGGAGCAACUGACCCCGGCACUUCAUGUGAGACUCUUGAGCGCCUUCUCGCCUCGGCUCACGUUCGAGAAGCUGGCGUCGCUCGACCAUCCGGACGUGGAGUUUCCCCUCAUUCAUCUGCUCCGGCUGCUGGCCGUGCUGCUGAUCUACGUGAACCUGAAGUUCAUGAUGGCCGGCCACUUGCCCAUCACGAAUCGGGAUGCCUUCGUGGAGGCCGUCAAUGGCUACUGGAGCCUGGCCUAUCGCAUUCCCYUGCUCCAUGGCGACCUGCUGCUGCUGCUCAGCGGCUUCCUGGUCGCCUAUCAGCUCUCCCACGAGAUGGAGCAGACGUGCCGGCUCAGCUUCCUGCGCAAUGUCAGCGCCAAGGCGUGCCGCUAUGUGCCCAGCAUUUUGGCCGUGCUGGGCUUCCAGGCGUGGGUGCUGCCGCACCUGGGCAGCGGCCCGCUYUGGAGCCUGCUCGUCGGCGAGAAUGCGCGCCUCUGCGAGCAGAGCCUGUGGCGCAAUGCGCUCAGCCUGCAGAACACGGGCGAUGUGGAGGAAAUGUGCUCGCCCAUCACGAUCCAAAUGUCGCUGGAGGUGCAGCUCUAUCUGCUGGGCGCUCUGGUCGUCUGGCUGUACUUCACGGAUCCGGAGGCGGGCUUCUUUCUCUGCGGUGCCUUCCAUGCCGUGUCCGUGGCCGCGCGCUACGCCCGCACCCAGCGGGACUAUUUGGCUCCCUCGCUCUUCCAUGGCAUUGGCAUUAGCAAGUUCUAUCGCACGGGAAAUCUCAUAUACGGCUCGCCGGUGGCACGUGCCACGGCCUAUCUGCUGGGCAUCGGCGCCGGGCUGCUGUUCCGCAGCGAGUCCGGUUCGUUUGGCAUCGGAACACGCUACAGGCGCGUCGGCUGGACCCUGGCCAUGCUGGGCAUUGGCUGGUGUUUCUGGGCCGCUGCGGCGGGCAUGCGCAGCAAAUACGUCUACAGAUCGACGGAGGCGGCUGCCUAUUUGGCUUGGAGUCCGCUCAUCCUCGGCCUGGGCGUAUGCUGGGCCCUGCUGAUGGCGCCGCUGGACAGGAGCAUGCUGGAACGCCAUCCAAACAUUGCGCGCCCCGUGCUCAUCCUCUCCAGAAUCCAAAUUCCACUGCAGCUGGCCACCUAUACGGUGGUGCUGUGGAACACGGCCAGCGUGAAGGAGCCGCAGCAAUUUCAAGUCUCCGAUCUGCUGAGCCUUCCGGAGCUGCUCUGCAUUGUGUGCUUCGCUCUGGCCGUCGCCUUCCUCAUUGACUUUCCUGCCCAGCAAAUUGGCUAUUUGCUCCUGGACAUCAUCUUUAGCGAUGUGCUGCUGUCUAACAGUAAAGACAAUGCUGCCGCAGUGGAUUCGGCUGAGCCGGCCGAAGCGGACAAACCCGAUUCGCCGGAGCCUAUCGAAUCGAUAUGGUCCUCGGAAUCGGAGCCCGAAGAGGAAAAGUCCAACGACAAAUAAUGCUGCAAUUAGGCUAAUCUAAUCUAUA